CGUGAUGGGGCUCCAUAUGGUGGAGAAUAUGAACCUCCGAUUCAUGGUAAAGAAAAUAAAGCUUUUAUCAGAAGUGUAUAUGACACGAAUUUUUUUUAAAACAUAAACUGAUUUUUGUCUUGAGAUUAGUGUAAUUAACAAUUCUAACCGUUUUAAAUGUGUCUCCCAAAAAAUUUCAUGAAUUUUGGCGAUCAGAAAACUGCUUUUUCCCUGUCACAAAUGUCCCAGCAACUGGGAACAAGUAAAGAAUCAAAGAAAGGUUGAUGACGUCAUGUGACGUCAGUUGAUUUGUUCAGCCCUGGUCAUUAUAUUGCUUUGUGUUUUGAGGAAUUAAGCCAUUUAUCUGACUGUAACGAAGGUAUAGCCACAUGAUUGGGGAGUUGUCGACAACAACAAUCCUUUGUAAUUAGUUGCCACCAUCUUUUAGAUUAUUGGAUACAUUCUUGACAUUCUUGCAAAUCAUUCUACAUUACAACAUAGCUAGAAAAUUCGCCUAAUCAAAUUCAAUAGCGCGAGCGUGCUUCAUAUUCCUAUUGAGCACGCUGAUGACGUCAAUAAACUAUUCGUAAUUCCUUGAGUUGUUAAUGUGAGCUUAGCAAUCCUGAGUCUCCUGAGUGCAUCCAUAACUCAACAGUACACAAUGAAGCAUUUACCAUGUGUUUUAUAAGGAAAUUUAAGAGGAAACGUUUGAAUUUGCCAACUGAUAGUAAGGAAAAGAGGUGAGUGUUGUUGUUGUCAUCUCCGCGAGCUCUGUGCGGACUAUGGCAUGAGCUCAUUCUUUGCAAAGUUGCAAGGUUUGCGUAUGCCAUGACAGAAAAAAGUGUGCAUGGCCUAGAGGAAAUGCAAGUUAGAGUUUUAGAUGCGCAAAUGACUGGUUCCAAGUUGAACAGUCAGGCGCAUAUCAAGGUGCUUCCUUUAUGUGUUUUCCCUGCUGAGCAUAAUUCCAUGAAAAAGAGCAUUGUUGAUUGAGUGACCAGCCAUGUUACAAUGUUCCACAACAGGGAAACCCGGCAAGUUCUUCUUGAUGCUUCAAAGGUGCUUGCCAAAACGUUGUCUCAGUAGUUUUCUUCAUCAUUACUUUAAUUUUUUAUUGAACAUUCUCAUACUUACUUUCUAAAGUGUCACACAGCUUAUCAGUAUUUUUUCCCCUGUUAUUUGUUUGAAAUUCUGGUAUACAUGUACAAAUUUUACAUAUAUUUAAGAAUUAAAAAAAAACAAAUAAAGAAAUUUGUGUCAUAUACACUUUAAAGCAAUGGUACACAGUACAUGACAGGUUUCUGACCGGCAAAAGUAAUGAAAACAUUAAUAGCCAAUUGUGACAAAAAUAUUGUCUCGUAUGCUCCAAAACUUGUAUUGCAAAAUAAAGUGCAACAAACAAGGAACUUUCUUCUUUUCUUUUUUUUUUAUAAACUGCUUGCGGGUGUUGUUAUUCCAGGACUGCCUAACAAUUGAAGCUGUAAUUGUGGGUUGAUAGCAGACAUUGAUUAAUGCUAUAUUAAUAAAUAUUGUUGUCUGUUUAGCGUACUUACAGACAGAGAUUUAGCACACCUCUAAGUGGCAUUUAUAAAGCUGCAGAAUGUGACAGCCUCUUCUCUAUUCGCCCAUUUUUUUUUUAAUUUAAUGAUUGUAAAGUUCAUUUUGUGAACCUCUUUUGUUUUCAGGUCAGAUGUAUGAUACUGCUCCAGAAACACCCACUUAUACAUACAGUGUUCCUGAAGAGAUCAGGCGAUUCAUUCAUUUCUUUCACCAACAUGUCACUGAGCAGGUACAUGUAAUUAUCAGAUAGAAAAGGUUUAUUUCAUGGUAAAGACUGACCUUACCUUAAUUCAUUUCACAAAACAAAUUAUACAAUGUAUAUUGUACACCACCAAACGCCAUUGCUAGGGCUACAUACAUGUAAUAAAUCAUACCCUGCUUGACAAGUGUACACUGGCUAAAUAAAUCGUGCCUUUUGCAGCAAAGAAAUACCAUAAAAUUCCGAAUUUAAUCCCUUCCAUGUAUAAGCCCCUCCAAAUAGAAGCCCCCCAAACUUGUAACGCAAAAAACUCUCCAUUAAAUCGCCCCUCCAAAAAUAAGCGCCCCGGGGACUUGUACUUGGAAAUUGGCCUCAAAAUUAAUACAAAGUAAAACAAAGCAAAAACGGUAAAUUUCCUUCCAACUAUAAGGCUAGCCCAAUUGAUUUUGAAAUGCAAAGUUCCCUCCAUAUACAAGCCCCUCCGAAUAUAAGCCCCUCCAAAAAUAAGCCCCUCAAAAGGGCCUUUGAAAAAUGUAAGCUUAAAAAUGUAAGCUUUGAAAAAUGUAAGCUUAUUUUCGGAAUUUUACAGUAUUUUAAAAGUGAAAUGGAUUCAUUGGAUUUCAAUGGUUUUUAUAUAGUAAAUUAUAGAACAUUAAAUGGGUGCUUGGAGAUACAAAAUUUCUCUUCUUGUGUUGAACAUUUAUUUUUCAUUACUAGAAGAGAAAUUUUAUAUCUCUGUGUGGCAAAGUAAUAUCCUCUAUGUUUGCUUUAAAACAUGGACUGUUUAUCAAUCAACAAUUAACUUAGACUCUUAUUGUUAAAAAAGUCAUUUCAGUUACAACUGCAGUAUUUGUGCUUGCCCAUUAAGUUACUCACUGCGGCUGCAUAUGUACAGAAAAAUUAUCACACACAACUCAUAUUUUAAUAUUUUGUUUUCACCAGAAUGUUUAUGAAAUUCAGUCCAUUUAUGAAACAGGGUAAGUUAUGCAACUGGCAUGAAAACAUAUAAAAGUCCCACCAGCCGCUAAUAAGCCUUUUGCCCCUUUUAUUUAUUGUGAUCGUGAUUAUUGAUAGGGAUGUAUAAGAAACGUACAUGUAGCUGAAUCAAACUGACAAGACCUGUACAAAAAUUUUGGAUUUAUCAGAUUAAGUCAAUAACCACAGUAAAAAAAUUAAAAAACUGGGCCCAGUUGUUUGAAUGCCGGUUAGCACUAACCUGGGGUUAAAUAUUAAAAAGGGUUUCUUUUUCUUUUUAUCGAAAACACUUUCUCGGAUCAUUUUCUCUAUUCUUUUUAGAGUAUAUCCAAUCAUCAAAUUGUAGGUAAAGAGAAUUAAACUGAAUUUGCUUUUUAAGCUCUCAUAUUUGAGAUCAAAUUUCGCUGGGUUAACUUAACCCAGCUUCGAACAACCCGGCCCUGAUGUUUUAUAUAAUACAGUGUAAACCCUUUGUCAGAGUGAAUCAAGGGAUAGUUGGUUAUGUGUGGAUUAUAUAUCGAAUGAUGGAGCAAUGCUGUCAGUGUGAACAUAGUACAUGUAACAUAAAAACAUAGAUAGAUUGGUUGAACGAAUAGCUUUCAUCGAUUACGUUAAGAUUAAGAAUACUGAUUCGAAGGAUAAGUCGCUGUUCUAGAUUUUUUUGGCUUUCUGUCUUGCCUUGGUGUAGGGAGAAACUACAGAUUGCCAUGGUUUGGCUAGAUUGAGUUGGUCCAAAGUCAAAAUUAAAUGCGUGGUUGCAUUUUUUUUUACCAUGAAACACAGGUCACCAAUUUGGCAACUUUCACUGCAAUUUUAGUCACCAAAUUUGUGUUCUACUCACCAUGAUGACCAAAACUGUUAAAACUUGGAGCUGGCUUUGAUACAUUUCAGUUGUUCACUCCCCAAUCUGAUUUUAACUGUUUUGAUUUAUGCACAUUAAAGUUUGAAGUGAUGAUUUGCCCUAACAUUAAAAAAUUGUUAUAUGCGGAAUAAAGGUUAUAAAGCCUCCCUUCUAUGAAGCCUCUGGUGAUUAAGUGUCAUGAUAGUAACAACAGCCCAGCUCAUUCUCAUUCAGUUCAUUUGUGGUUUAGUCAGCUGUCUGUCUUCCUCCCCUGUUGAUCCUUCUGUGUCAGAAAUAUCCUGAUUGCUCAUUGCUUUUAUUAAUUUGCUUUUCAAUUUAAUCAAUGCAGCUUCAACAAAUUAACUGAAAGGCAUUAUGAAAAGUCUCCAUGGCCUGAUUCUGAAUAUGUUGCCUCUAUUGUGGAUGGAGGUAAACUUCACUCUUUUAACAGUCAAAUUUGAUCAAGUUUAAUCCAGUUCUGUCUUUGUGAUUUUGCACUGUCUUCUUGUAUUUUGCAGUUUUCAGCCAUAGUUUUAUACUGUGUAACAUAUUUGGUUUGAAAUUAGGAAUAUUUACUUUCAACUUAACUGAAAUGAUGGUUAUUGUUUUCAUACCAGACCCCGUGUUCUUGAUUCUUUACAAAGAAUUAUACUACAGACAUAUCUACAACAAGUUGAAGGUAAUGAAUGCCUUUGCUAAUAAUCUAGUAAAUGUGUCUGAGGUACCAAUCACUAGAUCACCCUGUUCCCAACCCACUGAUAUUAGAUUAGCAUGGAAAUUAAGUUCUAAUAGCUUUGCUUAUUAAAAAUUUUAACCUAAAUUAACUAGGACCUAUAACAUUAUACACUGUAGGUACACAAGAUACCUAACAAAUUUAGUAGGUAUUAGGGUUGAGUGAUGCAUGUCAACUGGAAGGAAGCCUUUUUCUAUUUUAAUAUGCCUUAAUGCUACCAAAUUUGUAUUGCUAAGUGUCUUUACCCUUAUAGAGACCAUUAAUUUGGUCCAAACAUUUGUUUAAAAUCACGACUCAAGAGUGCAGAAAGUCCACUUCUGGGUGGCGUGCACCGCUCAAAAACAUUGCUGCUUGAACUCGCUAUUCAAGAUUACUUAACUCAUUUGCCCCUAAACUGCUUGUAAAUGUCCGUGCAGAUCCAUGUCCCUUCCACCCCUUGUGACAUCAUUAGUUUUAACGAUCAAUGACAACUUUAUCAGCUAAUGUGUGCAGGGUAAAAAGAUCUUUCAAACCAUACCAGAAUGAACACGUUUCAAGGAGGCCGGAGAAAAAGGCAAAAAACCAUGUAAUGUUGACCUGAAAACUCCUUUGAAAAUCUUUUUCCACUACCCACCUACCUUUCCUUUUAUCUAAUCCAAAGAUCCUAAAAGCUUUCCAAAAGACUUUUCCCACCAAAAUGAAGCUUACCAAAUGCUUAGCAGCAGAAAAAAAAAUGAGGCACUAGAAGCGAAAGGAGAGGGGAGGAGAGAAAGCGAAAAGUAAAAGUCAAGACUGCUGUGUCACUUUUAAACCCCAAAACUCUCUCAAAAUUUUGCUUUCCAUGCAUGCCCCAACUUUGCACACUAGUCUUGUAUAUUACAUUUGGAUCAGAAGGCCAUGACGUGUAUGACCUGUGAACAGCUUUGUGGUAAGUAGCAAGAUUGUGACCAGAAAACAGCCUCACUAUUGUAGCUUCAAAACAUGAUUUGGGGCAAAAUUCAUGCCAGGAGCAAAUGGGUUGAUGUACAGUGUACCCAGCAGAGCUCGCUCCAGCUCCCUUCUAAAGACCGAGUACAGUGUGCAUUUAAAAUGUUCUUUAUUACAUAAAUUUAUGCUUAAUAUAUAAUUGAGCCUACCCAUUGGGCUUUUCAGUUAAGCUGGAAUGAUUGUAACAAACUAACCAAAAAAUGCCCUUUUUUUAUUUCAGCCUACACUGGAACAUCGCUUUGAAUCAUAUUUUAACUACUGUGACUUGUUCAACUAUAUACUGAGUAAGUUUUGUCAGUUGGUCAACUUGUCAGUAACUACAUGCAUGAUCUACUACUUUCACGUUCCCCAACCUGCUAUUUGUCUUCCCUGAAAAAUUUUGCAUACGUUUUGUUUUCAAUUUCUCAGAGGAUAAUUUAUUGUUAGUCCCAAGAAUCUCAAAUAGAGUUCCUCUACUGUGAUUUAUUUCUAGUUUUGUUUGGAAUCACUUUAAUUUUAUUUUUGCUUUUGUCUUAAGCCUGGUUGUUACAGCCCAGUAUUAACAUCUAGUUAGAACUGGCAUAAAUACUGCAAAGGUGGUAUCACUUUUAUUUUCCAGUGAUUGACAAAAACCCAUACUACAUACAUUUUCACAGAACAUCUGGGUGUUAAGAUAUUAUGGGCCACUUUCCAUUCAACAAAAAUUCUUGUCUGAAGUUUUGGAAAUUCCACGUGCCCAGUGGAAUGGAACGUUCCAGUUGCACAGAUUGAAACAACAAUUUUGUCGAAUGGAAAGGGUUAUUUCGGUGCAACUGCCCAAAAUGACCAGACCAGACAAAGUGGACCACCUUAAAAGGAGGUCCCAAAUAUUCCAGUCAGACUGAAUGGAAAUGGUCUGUUUUAUUUGCUGAUUUCUAACCGAAGAAUUUUAUUUCUAAAGUAUUGAGCUGAAUGGAGAGGGCCUUGUUACUUGGCUGAUGAGAUGAUGAGAGAAAUAUAUUUUAUCUUUUUUUUCAGAUACAGAUGAGCCAGUUCCCCUUAGUCUCCCAAAUCAGUGGCUGUGGGACAUUAUUGAUGAGUUUAUUUAUCAGGUUAGCCUUUGAAAGAAUAGUCUUUUAUUCAAAAGAUUUUCAACAAACAGGAAUGUAAUUUAAUGAACUGGUAGCAAAAUUGUUGUUUUCCUGUAAUCCGAUCAGUCAACUUUGUCUAAGUGGCCCCGGGUACACUAGUCACGCUGUAAUCCUUGUUUUACGUAGUGUGUAAUCCUCUGUGGAAGCCGUGGCUGGUUUGUGGGAAUUGCCAACCAUCAGCUCAGUUUACCGUCUCAUGGGUGCUGCUGGUCACACCGGAGGCUCCCUGACAUCCCAGGCCUCCAUUUGCCAUACCACAUGGUCUAGUUGUUAAUGUAAUUUAGUGUUAGGGGUCAAACAAGUCUUUGUUUUGAGAUGGCUUUGCAGUAUUUGUGUAGCUUCCCUCUGUUUUGUAGCACUUGUAGACAAAAAUGGGAUUUUUAUUCAAUUUAUGACUUUUUGCAUAUAUUAUUUUGUACUGUCAGCAAUUUCUCAAUGCCAUGAUGUGAGUACUAUGUCUUACCAUUUUAGUUCCAGGCAUUCAGUCAAUAUCGAUCAAAGCUCCUAAAAAAAGGAGAAGAUGAAGUUGGAACACUCCGAGCCAACACCAAGGUAAAAAAACCCAACAAACAACAGUAAAAAACAUAAACAACAACAACAACAGAAAGAUGGCUUAUCCUAUUGGAGUUUUAGGGCAUCGCCUUUAAAGGGGCUGUGUCACAGCAGUCCAAUUCAUUUCAUUUAAUUUUGCCAAUUACUCGCCCUCAAUCAGUAUGGAAUUUAAAGUAAGCAAGGAAAUUACAUGGAAAUGACAAAAUCAGAGAUUCGAGACAAACUAAUAUGUCUCCUGAGCAUUAUUUUUGAAGUUGCAAACAGCAGAGUUCAACUUUGAAAAAAAAGUGUUGGGCUGAACAGUUUUCAAAAACCCUCAUUUCAAUCCGUUGCAAUCUUCUUCAGUUUUGCCCAUCUGUGGCAUCUGUUGUAUCUGCUGUGCUAUUUUAACCUUCCUUUAAUGUUUUAAGCGGUUAUUUUUAUGUUUCUUUUAAUUUAACGGGCAUUUUGCAAUAACCUGAUUUGGCUGAAUUUUGUGACACAGCUCCUUUAAUCACAGACUUUCCACACUUAAAAAGGAAGUGGUAAAUGACUCCAUGUGUUAAAGGGGAUGAUUAACACUUUGUCCUGCAUACAGUGUCAGUACAUCCAUACGUACAAUGUACAUGUAGCUCCUAUACCUGCCAACUUUUUCUGAGAUAUAAGCGUGAGAUUUUUAUCCUGGGAGUGCUGGGAUUUUUGAAGACGACAUGAUCAUUUCCGAAGACUCCUGAAGAAGUCCGAAGUCUUCCGAAGACGUCCGAAGUCUGCCAAAGGCAAAGUUAUCCCAUUCCCAGUCUUAGGAUGCGUAUAAACGCGAGCUUGCUCCCAGUGCUUUUCACUUCAAAAAUCAGAGAUCGCGAGGAAGGUAUUGUCAUUUAUCCAUUUUACACAUGGUUUUCGUUCCUUGCGUGGGUCUGAGUUAACAUAUUUUAGGAAAUUGUGUCAAGCAAGACGGCAACAACUCACAUUUUUCAAUCAGGCGUGAGAAAUUGGCCCGCAAGCGUGAGCCGGCGCGAGAUCGAAGUUUUCAACCCGCUGGCGUGAGAGUUGGCAGGCAUAAGCUCCCCUACUGUGGUCCUUAUCAUUUAGCUUCUUUCUUUCAGAUCUGGAAUGUUCACAGUGUGUUGAAUGUAUUGUAUUCAUUAGUAGAGAAGUCCAGGAUCAAUUACCAGGUGAUUAUCAUCAUUUUAUAUUGUUACUAAUCAGUAAAUACCUGUAAGUACUAAUGUUAUAGGACUGAGUCCAGGCCAGAUUGUUUAGUAAUCAUACACUUCAUCAAGCAAAUUAGACAACCAUAACAUCACGAGUAUGAGUACAGUUAGAAUUAUAUGUCAAAAAGGGUUUUUUUUAACCAACCAAUCAUGUCUUCAACAAAAUUUGAUGAAGGUAAAUGGGUUCUCCUCUUUUGUUUAUUUUCACGUAGACUGCCCCCUAGAAGUAUAAAUCUAGUGCAAAAACCUUUUUCUACUUCUGUUGGAUGCAAAGCUGCUCCACUGGAAGUUGUCAUGAUCAUCACUGAGUUUUAUACUGGGUGUACGGAAGCAUGUGGCUGAGUAGAUCAAGGCUUGAAACACCAACCUUUUCAGAUUUGACAUAUAUAUAUUUAUAAAAAUUAUGUACAUGCACUAAAUGGAAAUUCUUGCUCGCAAAUUGGUGAAGAGCUAUUGUUUAUGAAAGUAUUCAACUUGUAGACAAUAUAAAUGGUACAGUGGUUGAAAACUUGUCUCUCCCUCUUGCAUGCAUGCUAUAUGUACAUGUGUUUCUAAAUCUUAGCUGGAAUUUGGCAUUUCACUUUGCAGUGAGACUGUUGUAGGUAAAAUAAUUAUGUUCUCAGGUUUAAGCAGUAAACAACCCAGUUUGAUUCAGAAUUUCUUUUGUUUAAUGGCCCUAACUAUUUUUAAAAUUUUGUAUUUUAUUGUCUACCUUAACUUUACCAGUGGAUUAAUCAGUAAACUAGCCGUAUAGCUUAGCAUAUUUACCACGUAAAAUAAAGUGUUCAUGUCAUAGGAGGAAAAUGAAUUCCUGUUUUAACCUGAGAAGAGAUUUACCCACAGCAAAACAACUAGACUUUACAUUGUGUAAAAUCUGUAUGUUAACUUAAUGUCAUCAUAAUGCUGUCAACUUCACUGGGGAACCUUUAGAAAAUCUACAAUGCAUGUAUAAAAUCCACCAAGAGUAGAAAUAUAAUGUGGUUAUAACCUCUCUUUAAUUUUUGUAGCUAGAGGUAUACAACCAAGGUGGUCAUCCUGAUACAGUGGCAGGCGAGUUUGGAAUUCAGCCUCUCUACAAGAUGCUGGGUUACUUCAGUUUGAUUGGUCUCUUACGGCUACACUCACUUCUUGGAGAUUACUUCCAAGCAAUCAAAGUUCUAGAGAAUGUAGAACUUAAUAAAAAGGUGGGUUACUUAUGCACCUGGUAACUGUCAAUUCGGCCAUUUUGAUUAACUGAUUUAAGUGUUGUGGUGUUACAAUUUAGUUACUUUCUUGCUUGCUUUAUAGGCUGCAAAGCAGUCUGUAUACUUAUGUAGCCUAAGAAUGCACAAGCGGUCAAAUGAAAGGUGCAGGUGUAAAAAAGGAGAGCAAGACUGGAGAGAAAUACAAAAACUGACCUUUAUUUUUUUUCUCUUGCUCCAGCCACCAAAGACUGACGGUGGUGCUCCUUGUCCUAAAAAUAAUUGAAAAAGGAGCUGUUUUGCAGUCUAUUUGCAGUAUGUCCUCAUUGCUUGUGACUUUAUUUCAAGUUCACUGUUCUCCUUUCAGAGUUUGUAUUCUCGAGUCCCUGCCUGUCAGAUCACCACCUACUACUAUGUGGGAUUUGCUUAUCUCAUGAUGAAAAGAUACCAGGUUAGCAUGAAAAAGUGAAAGUAGACUGCAUACUCUUACUCUGGAAUAAUUAUUUGAAAAUGAAUUGCAUCUUGUUGGAGUAUACACAUGUACAACACUGUUAUUCCCUUUUUCCAACUUCACAUUACAUUUCUUUCUUAAGGUCAAUAAAAAUUCUCUGAUUUAAACAGUACCAAUAGUUCUUUAAAACCUUUCAAUUCCAUAAAGUGACAGUAAGGUGGCCAUUAACAGUCCUUUUUAAUCGCUGUUAAUGUAAGACAACAGUGGUCAGUCACACAAAAGUUUUAAGAUGCAUAAAUUUAUUUUGCAUUGUUGAAUUUCAGGAUGCUAUUCGCAGUUUCUCCAAUAUACUGUUGUAUAUUCAAAGAACCAAGAACAUGUUCCAAACCAAGUCCUACCAAUAUGAACAGGUAGAGAAUUACAGGCUGUGAGAAUUGUUUACAAUAAUGAUAUUCUUAGACUAGUAUGGUCAUUUGUAGCUAUAGGCCACCACUACACUUGAGUAUGAGAUCAUCGAUGACCUGGCUACAAAUUGUGACCAAAUUGUCAGGGACAGAACACUCUCUUUUUCCUUUAGCAUGAUGUAGGUGAUAAGUAUGACAGCACAAGGAAUCUAAAGUUGCACCUUUCCUCUCACAAACAAAAUUUAGGUGUCUUGAUUUUUAAUCAAAUUAUUCUUGUUGGUAGUCAUAAUAAAGACAGGAUUAAUUAAAAAUAUAUAUUUUGAAACAAAUAAAGAAUGAAUAAAUUAUUGUUAAUUUAGUUUUGAUGUUAUGGGUUCACGUCGGUGAUCAGUCAUAUUUUUUUAUGUCAGAUCAUGAAGAAAAAUGACCAGAUGUAUACUCUGUUGGCCAUUUGUCUGACAUUAUGUCCACAGGUAUGUCAUGAUUAAUUUCUAUCUUCAGAGUCUGCUCUUUUGUAAAAUGCUCAUGACUAAUGAUGCAUGGAAAAAUGUUGUUUGAGGAGAGAUUAUUGUAUAAGACCUGAAAUGGACCAAAGCAAGGUUUUCAUUGAGAAUUCUAGUAGCAAGAGGCAGGUUUAACUUUACAGGAGAAUAUUUUGAAAGAGGACCCAUGUCUGAAUAAAAGGUAGUCAUAGGCUACCGAACGUUAGAAUUCUGUGCAGUAAACGGAGAAUUGUCUGAUCUCUGAUGCUUAAUGAACACUGCGCCAAAAGAAGCUCAGCAAUUUGUAUUAACCCUGUAAGUCCCAAUAGUGACCAACAUUAAUUUUCUCCUAACAAUAUCCAUAGAUUGUCAAGAGAUUAGGUUAUGAGAAUUAAUAAAAUGAUCACCUAAGAGAAAAUACUUUGAUCUUUUAUCAAAUUCUCUCAACUCAUUCUUUAAGGAAAUGUAAGGAGAUCAGUAUCGAGAAUUUGUAUGUGGAUAUUGGGACUUAAAGGGUUAACAAUGUGACCCCAUCAUAAUCAUUUAAUAUCCAUGGAUAAUCCAUUAGAGAUGUGUGUGAAAUAAGAAUUAAGGAGAAUUCUUUUGGAUGUAAUUUUGAAUGAUGACCCCACUACCUGUUUAGGAGGGGUCAGAGGCAGGGGCUACUGGUAUACUGGUAUACUGUGCUGUAAUGCUUUUAUCAUUAUUUUGUCGGAAAUUGAUCAGUAACACUUGUUAUUUCUCAUGGUCUCUCCCCACCACCUGGAUUAGUGUUGUUUUUGGCCAGACUCUUUGAAAGUGCAUUAAUUUUGGUCCGUAACAUCCCAAAAUGAAAAAGAAGGGAUGGGUAUACUUCAAAAAAAAUAACAAAAUCAAUGAUGGUUAUGAAAGGUCAAGAGGAUGACAAUAAGCUGAGGCACUAAUACUCAUAAUUUUGCACCCUUCACUACUACUAUGUUCAUAAUUGUAGAAUGGGGUUGCUAAAUACAGCUGACCACGGUCUGGUAUAUAAUAUAAGGCUAAGCAUUAAAGGUUCCAGGGUCUUAGUGGCACACCUGGAUUCUGCGAAAAUUCGAAGAAGCCCUCUUCCCCUCUCAAGUAUGAGAGGUGGUUACCUAGUGCUAGUUGGUGACAUAAGUACUCUUUCGAUUAUGCCAUCUAGCACUUGCCGGUGGCUCCAGAAAUACAAAGUCAGGUGAUUGUUCAUUCUAUGUGAGACAUUAUUUUCUUUUUUACACUUUGUCUUAACACAUAGGUAAACGUGAGGUUGCUGAGAAAACUGGAGACAUUUCACAAUAGCCUACCAGUUUCUCAGUGAGAUAACAUCUGAGGAACAGCUGCAGAAACUUCAUACUGAUGAUGUGUCACCACCAUCUGGGUCACUGUAGUACUUCUUAUUGGUCAUAUCUCAAGAGAAAUUUGCUUCAACCAAUCAGAAGCACUACCCAGAAGUAGUGACAUGACAUGAGUAUGGAACUUCUGCCGAGUGGUGUCAUUGCAAAAUGUCAAGUGUUUUCUCAGGCUGGAGUCUCCACAGAUAAAUACCCUUUCUGACUCAUUAUUAAGUUUCUGUUACAGUAGUUAUAAUAAUGUUGGUGUGCACUGACAACAAUGAUUAUUUGUUAUUUUGGUAAACGAAAUGAGUAAAUUGAUAUCAUGUAGAAUAAUAUUAAGUUAAUUUUGUUUUCAGAGAAUUGACGAAAAUGUUCAUUCACAGCUUCGUGAGAAGUUAGGUGACAGGUUACAGAGGCUGCAGCGAGGGUAUCUUUAUUCACUUGUUUAUUUCUGCUCAUAUUUCAGCCUCAUUAGCACAUCAUGGCUCUGUAAAACAAACACACACUUCUUCCUAAACCCAAGGCUCAUUUCCUAUUUAUUGUUACUUUAUUCCACAGAGAUAUGCAGAUGUUUGAAGAAUCAUUUUCCUAUUCUUGUCCAAAGUUCAUCUCUCCUGUUCCUCCAAAUUUUGAUGCACCACCUGCUAAUUUUAACAGGGUAAGAUGAUACAAGUAAGCUCAAAAAGAAGCUGUGUCAUGAAGUUAAUCAAAAUUCUAGCCUGCCUAGUUGACGAUUUUUUUUUAUAUUUUGGUGUGUUUUUUCUCUUAUGUUUCACAAAGUAAGAGCUAGAUACAACUGCAUGAAAGCUGAACCGCAGAUGAUAACUUGUCCCCUCAUCCCUCCCCCUUCCCCAUUGUUUUCUUUUUCGUCCUUGGUUCAGCUUUUGCGCAGUUGUAUCUCUUACUUUAUAAACCACAAACGAAAAAACACACCAAAAGGCUAUCAAAAUUCAAACAGUGGGAACUGGCACCAAACUGAGUGAAACAAAAAUAAACACUCGAAACAUGAAAAGAAGGUAUAAACAGCACAGAAAAUACCAAAGGAGGCCUGGAUAAACAAAUUUGAAGAUGACUGAAACAGAUUGCAAUAUUAUUUUAAAAUUCGGUUGAUAAUUUCUGCUACCUUUUUUUCAGGAACCAUUUAAUCUGCAACUGAAGGUUUUCAUGAAUGAAGUCUCACAGCAAUCCCUUAUACCAGUCAUUAGAAGGUGCACAUUCAACUGGACUAUUUUCCAUUUUUUAGUGUAUAAUCUAACAAUCCACUGAAGUCAGUUGUUUUAAUGAUGUAAUUUUAUUAAAAAUUGCAAGCUAAAAAUACAAUGUUAGUGUGUAGGAAGAAAAAAAAUAGUUAUAAAUGAGUAAAUAAGUAAAAUAAAAUUGAACAUCACAAGAAUAUUAUAUGAUUGAGUUUAGAAAAUUGGGUUCUGUCUUAACAUCCUAAAAAUAUAUUGCAUUAUGUAUCUUAGAACAAGUAAAUAAAAAUUAAUAUUAUUAAUAUAUUAUUGUUUCCUUUUAGAAAAACAUGCAUAAAUAUGGAGAUAAACCCAUUUGACUUGUAUAAAGCUAUAAGUUCCCUUAAAUCUCCUACACAAUGAGUGAAGGUGGUUUGUUCCAAAGGGAACUUCUUUGCUGCGAUGGUGGGGGAGUAACAUACAAAGAUUAUAUUAUUUAGGGGAUAUAGUAAGUGAACUACCUAAUGAGACUUAAAGUGUGUUCCUUUGAGAUGAUCCGGAUCAGGAUCAGAAAUCCGUGAUCACUAGGAUCAUGGUAGAUAAAACACUUUGGACAGGGAUUCAUCAGUUCACUUGAUCUACCAUGAUCAGAGUGAUCUCGGAUCACUGAUCCUGAUCCAGAUCACACCAAAGGAAUGCACCCUUAAAAGCCAUUUGUCAGAGCAAUUUGGCCUAUAUAUCUAUUGUAAGUAAUAUUUAUUGAUUAUUGUUUUCCUUUUUAAUUCCCAGUUACUUGAAGCUAUACACAACAAUGCCCAUUGCCAAGCUAGCAGCUUUCCUAGACAUGGUGAGUUAGAAAACUUUUAGAGGCGUGGGAACUCACAAUAAGAGAGGGCAUCUAAUAAAUAAUGUCAAAGAUCUAGUUAAACCACAAAACCCCCUCUUCUUUAAUCUGGUUAUAUGUAAAGACAUUCCUUAUGAAGAGCUGGCAAGCAGACCAGUGACUUCACACAGAUGUGACAGAAACUGUAAAUCUUACACCGGUCGUUUAGCCACCAGUAAUGCUACUCUGGCCAAGCAGAUAGCCAGUAAAACUAGGAUAAACAUGUAGGGUCAACUCUGAGCAAAACAGUUAUACUUUGUGGCUUUAUUUCACUUGGUUAUAUUCUUUUACACUACUUGUGCUUUUCUUUCAGGAUGAGAACCAAUUCAGGACUCAACUUCUCUGUUUUAAGGUAAAUGUUAUUUGCCAUGGUUAGACCAGUGUAAAUAGCAAAGUAAAUGACGCAGCAAAUGUGAUUUCAAUCCCUGGGCAGGAUUGUUCGAAGCUGGGUUAAGAUAACCCAGGGUUAGUGUGAAAUUUGAACUCAGACAUGAGAGCUUAAAAAGUAAAUUCAGUUUAAUUCUCUUUGCCUCCAAUUAAUUUUGAUGAUUGGAUACUUUAAAAAUGAUAGAGAAAAUUAUCCGAGAGAGUGCUUUUGAUAAAAAGAUACAGAAUCCUGGCUUAAAAUUUAACCCUGGGUUAGCACUAACCAGUGUUUGAACAACUAGGUCCUGUUGUGUACUGUAGCUGUAGGCAGAAUCUAACAUUUUAAUUUUUCACAGCACAAACAGAGAAACCUUGUCUGGACCAAAGGAACUGAUGCUCUUGAAGGAGAACUUCAGUCAUCCUCUGAGGUGGACUUCUAUAUUGAUCAGGUAAAAAGUGAUUGCAUAUAUUAUUUAUUAAACAUUACUGUAUAAUCCUGCGGUGCUUACCAAUAAAUUUUGACAGAAAAAUCCACUUGGGGUGUCAAAAGCAUAAUAGUAAGCGAUUUGCCAGUUUACCGCAGAAUUGCCUCAUCCGUUACAGUUUGAAUCCAAAAAGUGGUGAAUUUGUGUAGCAUGAGCCUGGAACCGAGAAGGAACCGAGAAAUUGGUUAAAGGGAAGCGACAUUUCCGUUUGGUUUGUACCAACUGGAAUGAACGGACCUUGGUUGGUAUUUCCAACAAGUGACCUUACCAUUUACCUUCCAUUCGGAAUUUACAAAAUUUUCUGUCAAAUGAUAAGCACCCCGGGUAGUAUAAAGAACUUUCAAGAGGGUUGGGUGAAAACACUCUGGGUGUCAUGCACUUAUGAGAAUGGAGAACUUCAGUGAACAAGGAAGUUUGGAAGGAAGUGCCUGCAACAGUCAUUGUUUGGCAGGUAUUUUAUGCUCAGUUUCUUCUUCCUCUCUUGUGCACCCCUUGUAUCCUCACAAACCUAAAUUCUUCUUCCCCAUUCAUCUUCGUUGCCUGCCAUGCAGGUACAAAGAUGACUGUAAUUUAUAAUUUGAAGUUAAUUGUUCCAAGAGAUAUGGCCCAACGAAUAAAUUAUUAUUUGCCAUCAUUAUUGUGUAAUGCUAAUGUUGGCUGCAUUGAGUGCCCUUGAUGAAAAAUAAAUUAAUAAAAUAAUAAUAAUAAUUUUAUUGAUAACAAUGCUAACUAUUUUAAAAAAUCCUAUUUACAAUUAUUGUUUCACUUAAAAAAUACUAUUCCGUCAAAACACUAUUUACAAUUAUUCCUAAAUCCAUUAAAAAACACUGAGUUUUGAUUAGUAUCAAAUAAUUAUAAUAAUAAAUUAUAAUAAAACACUCAAUGAUGAGUUGCUUAAUUUUAGGACAUGAUUCACAUCGCUGACACCAAGGUUGAGCGGCGGUAUGGAGAUUUCUUCAUUCGCCAGAUUCACAAGUUUGAAGAGGUUAGUCAGAAUUUUUCAUGA